CCAGACACUUAUUUUCGGACCAGACAAGGGAGAAGGAGUGAAACAGAUUCUUUGUUCGAUCCAGACAUGCAAUUCUCUUGAUCUAUAUUCUCUGUUUGAGAAGCUGACGUCGUAUUCUCUCCGGACAUUGUUGUUUCUUUCCUUGAUCUAUCCGCUAAAUUUCACUGUGAAAGAGAGCAAUGAAAGUGGAUUAAAUUGUGCAUGGAAAUAGUCACAGAGGAUUACAUUCUGAAACAUCAGAAAUUAUUUUCUUUUAGCUCUGGGAGAUGAUCAUAUUGGCUUGUAUGGUGUUAUACAUGCUGAAAUUUCGUAGGAUUUGAGGGUCCCAAAGACAUUGAAGAAGGGUUGUCUUCAAGCUUUCUUAUAAAUACUAGAUAGUGGAUUUGAAGGUUCCAGAGAUAUUGAAGGAGGGUUGUCUUCAAGCUUCCUUGUAUAUACUAGACAGUGGAAUCUUUGGAUAUUUUGAAACAUGAGUUUUGUGUUCCGAGGGACUAGAGGGGAUAUCGAAAGUGGAUUUCCUGGCUUCAUUGCUGAACGACCUGCUGUGCGCAUUCAUCCACCACGGCCAGUUAAUACAAAUUCAAUGGCUUUUCUCGUAACAGCAGUUCUUCUACUGUUCAUGAUUUUAAACUCGCAUCAGAUGUCUCCAAACUUUCUGCUUUGGUUAGUGGUUGGCGUCUUCUUGCUAGCCACUAGCCUGAGAAUGUACGCAACUUGUCAACAACUUCGAGCUCAGGCCAGAGCUCAUGCUGCAGCAGCCAGUGGCUUUCUUGGCCGUACUGAAUUGCGUUUGCACAUGCCACCAUCAAUAGCUUUAGCUACGAGGGGGCGGUUGCAGGGCUUAAGACUCCAACUUGCACUGCUCGACCGUGAAUUUGAUGAACUAGAUUAUGAUGCCUUGAGAACAUUGGACGCGGAUAAUGCUUCCUCGAUUCCUUCAAUGAGUGAAGAUGAGAUAAAUGCCUUACCUGUUCACAAGUAUAAAGUCCCGUGCCCAGAAACCAGGGGGAGCUCGGUGCAGCAACAGGUGUCAUCUUCUACAACCUCGGCAGAUCAGACAAGGCAAGAUGCUAAACUGGCAGAUGAGCGUCCAAAGGUUUUGGAAGAUGAAUUGACAUGCACGAUUUGCUUGGAGCAAGUCAACCUCGGGGAGCUUGUUCGUAGCUUACCCUGUUUGCAUCAGUUUCAUGCGAAUUGCAUCGAUCCAUGGCUGCGGCAACGAGGGACAUGCCCUGUAUGUAAAUUUAGAGCCGGUGCAGGGUGGCAGGAAAGCAGAGAGAGUGUCUCAGAUGAUUCAGACAUGGCUUGAUGACAUUCCUCGAUGUAUACAUAUGUAUCACGGAAACGAAUAUUAUUAUAUAUAUGUAUAUAUUUGCUUGCAAAUUGAUAAUGCCAUUAAGUUAAUCCACGCA